AUGCCCAAAAGAGCAGCGGCGCAGAGGUCGCUCAAAGAACCUACAUCAGCAGGCUUGGAGGUGGGCGUAGACGACGCGGUUCCGCGUGAGAUUGUCGACUGUCUCGCCCGUCUUGCCUCAGCCUCGCGAACCCAAGCCCAGAAUGACUCGGGCUCGAACCCCAAGCGUCGCAAGAUCGCCACCGAGCCGUUUCUUCCGAUUCCCGUCGCGAGGGGACGAAUAUCUUUUACUCGCCGCCUGCGGGAUGGCGACUUGGGCGCCUUUGAAGCGUCGUGCGUGGACGCUGCGCAGGUGCUGAAGUUCAGCGUGCGACAAGGCGUCCUGUUCAUGUCGUCCCGCCAGCGCAGCGCGGCGGCGCUCUCUUGUGCCAGCUUUGCUCUAAGGCCAAACGAGGCAGAAGAAGGCGCUGUGCGUAUCCUGGAGAUUGCCGGCGCAAGAUGCAAACGCGACAGCCCCGGCGACGUCUGGGCCGGGGCUGUCUUGACUCUGGCCUGUCGGGAUGGCCGCGUGUCGUUUGACAUGACCUUCAGCUUGCAUUGGAACGAGACGCCCUCGCCCUUUCUGCCAAUGCCAAAGUUGCAAGAUCGGAAAGCGACGAGCCGGCUCAUCGAUUAUUGCUGGCCCAGUGCGGAAGACCACGACGAGGGGGCCAGGUCGCCGAUGCACUUUUACGAAGCCGCACAUGUGCCCCCGAAAAACGACGAGCCUCUCCACAUUCUCGUCCCGGGCCUGGAAUCAAGCUUGUUCCCGUACCAGAACAGAACGCUGCAAUGGAUGCUGACAAGAGAAGGUGUGCAGUGGUCCCGGCCGGAAGAGAGGCUGCAGCUACUCCCGCAGAGGUUACAAUCUCCCUCAAUCAGCAGUUUCCGCUCGGUGCGGGACGCUGAUGGGAAGACGGUAUUUGUCAGCGACGUAUUUCAGACCGUCGCCAGAGACACGGAACUGUACGACACGGCAGCCGAAGGCGUGAAAGGCGGCAUUUUGGCGGAAGAGAUGGGCCUCGGGAAAACGCUGGAGGUUCUUGGGCUCAUUCUCCUGCAUAAAAGAGGAGUCGAUAUUCAAUGUCAAACUCAGCCAAGCGGAGUCAAGACGGACGGCGAUCUGGCAACGACGGGCGCCACCUUGAUUGUCACGCCAGAGUCCCUAAGACAGCAGUGGAUCACGGAAAUGGCAAGGCACGCCCCGAGUUUGCGCGUCAAACAUUACCAGGGAUGCAAAAAGCUGCGAGAUGGGGAUGAAGGGUCAGCCAUCCAGGAGCUCUGCGGGUACGACGUAGUCAUCACCACGUACUCCGUUCUGUCAGCCGAAGUUCAUUUUACGGUUGAGCCACCUGAGCGGUCUCGUCGAUACGAACGAGCGUACCAUCGGGCCACGUCGCCGCUGGUCAAGAUAUCCUGGUGGAGACUGUGCCUCGACGAGGCGCAAAUGAUAGAGAACGGAUACAGCCAGGCCGCGUCCGUUGCGCGCGUUCUGCCCCGUGUCAACGCUUGGGGGAUCACCGGAACGCCGGUAAAGGACGAUGUGAAGGAUCUUUUCGGUCUACUGUUGUUUUUGAAAUACGAGCCAUAUUGCUCGUCGCCGCAAACAUGGCAAGCGUUGACCGCUAGCAAUAAAAGCCUGUUCCAGCAGAUAUUCAACUCGAUAGCCUUGCGCCAUACAAAGGCACUAGUUCGGGACGAGAUUCAGCUCCCCGCCCAGAAGAGAUUCGUCGUCAGCAUGCCGUUUACCGCGGUUGAAGAGCAACACUACCAGUCGUUGUUCAAGCAAAUGGCUGGCGAGUGUGGACUCGAAGUCGAUGGCUCCCCCAAAGCAGAUGACUGGGACCCGGUGGAGUAUGAGGACGUCAUGAGGGUUUGGCUGAACCGCCUGCGGCAGACGACGCUUCAUCCCGAGGUGGGCACUUACAGCCGUCGUCUGCUGGGUUACAGCAAAGCGCGGCCCAUGAGGACCAUUGACGAAGUGCUCACUGCCAUGCUGGAGCAGAGCGAGAACGCCAUCAGGGCGGAUGAAAGGGCGUACCUGCAGACCCGCCUGAAUAGGGGCCAGCUGUACGAGAACGGACCGCGCGUCAAGGAAGCGUUGGAGCUGUGGCAGGAUGUGAGGAAGGAGACGGGGAGGCUUGUGGAGGAUGCCAGAGCAAAUCUCAAGGACAGCAUUCGAGAAGUUGGCGGAGAAGAAGCCGUGAGGAGGGCCGAGGACGAGGAGCGUGCUCGCGAGGCGCCCAAAUCAGAAGAUGGUGCCAAAUCAGAAGAAGGUGGUGGUGACGACGACGACGACGGUGAUGAUUUCCAUGAUGACGAUAACAAUGAUGAUGAGCCUGAAGAGUUUGGAAUGAAGGGCAAGAUUGGCGAAUGUCGGCGAAGGCUUCGAUCUGCGCUGGAGCUGCACCACCGAGCCGUGUUUUUCUGCGCAAACGCAUAUUUCCAAAUCAGGGAGAACAAGGAAAUGACGAGGCCGGGGUCGGAAGAGUUUGAACGCCUGAAACAGCUCGAAGACGGCGGCUACAACGAGGCAAAGGCGCUGAGGAGAGAGAUUCUCGGCGAGAGCAACAGGAAGGCGGGCCAGCUCAUGAGCAGAAUCGCGCGCAAGGCGUCCGCGCAGACGUUUGCGGAAAUCCCGGAGCUCUGCGCGAGCCCCCCCGCGGGAGGGAUCGAGAGCGGCCGCGUCGCGGACGACCUGGCGGUGCUGUACGGGGAGCUGAACGAGCAGGCAAACGUCAUUGACGAGUGGCGCGAGCAGGUGGUGCGGCUGCUGCUGCGCCCGCUGGUGGACGAGGACGACGGCGUCGAGACGACGGGCGAAGAGCUGGGCGACUCGGCCAAGAUGCAGGACCUGCUGAUGGUGUACGUGACGACGCUGCGGGCCGCCAUUGCCGACCGGCAGGACGCCAUAUCCGGCCAGACCAACGAGCUGGCCAGGCACGAGACGGAGACGAGCCUCCGGCUGGCCAAGGCCGGGGAAGGGCCCGCGCCGGAGAGGAUGGUGGAGAUGCUCCGGCACCGGGCGGCCGUCAAGCCGCCCAGGAGGGCGCACCUCUCCAUGCGGGCCGCCAUUGCCGAGUUUCGCCAGCUGCAGACGCGGCUUUCGCGCGACGCCUCAGCGACGGUGACGACGAUGACGGCGGCGAGCACGACGAGCUGCCGCGAGGCGGCCGAGGCCCGGAUCGCGGCGGACCAGCUCAAGGCCACGCAGGCCCUGCUCAACGAGCAGAACAAGGCGGCCCUGGCGCUCGAGUCGGAGAUUGAGGCCUUCAAGGCCGCCAUGAACGCGCGCCUCGAGUACUACCGCCAGCUGCAGGCGGUUUCCGACUCGGUGCUCCCGGCGCAGGGGCCCAAGACCGACGCCGCCGCCGCCAAGCUCCAGCAGGCAGAGGACGAGCUGCGCAAGAAGCUCUCCUCGGCCGAGGCCAAGCACCGCUAUCUUUUGAAUCUCAAGGAGGCCGGGAGCAGGUCCAACGAGCCGCGCGUCUGCGUCAUCUGCCAGACGGCCUUUGUGACGGGCGUCCUGACCGUCUGCGGGCACCAGUUCUGCAAGGAGUGCAUGAGGCUGUGGUUCAAGGCGCACCACAACUGCCCCAUCUGCAAGCGAGGUCUCAGGCCCUCCAACCUGCACGACAUUGCCAUCAAGCCGCAGCAGCUGCAGGUCCGGAGCGACCCCUCCGCCGGGGAUCGCGCCGGGGACCGCGCCGGGCCGGGCCGGGCCGUCAGCUCGCCCGCCCGGACGGCCAUCUACUCCGAGUUCAACGCCGACAAGCUGGCCGAGAUCAAAAACGUCGAGCUGGACGGGCCGUCCUUUACCACCAAGGUGGACACGCUGGUCCGGCACCUCCUGUGGCUGAGGGAGUCGGACCCUGCGGCCAAGUCGGUCGUUUUCUCCCAGUACCGCGACUUCCUCCACGUCCUCCGCAACGCCUUCCGACGCUUCCGCAUCGGCCACGCCUCGGUCGACGACGCCCACGGCAUCCAGACCUUCAAGGAGGACCCCGCGACCGAGGUGUUCCUGCUGCACGCGCGCGCCCACGCCAGCGGGCUCAACCUCGUCAACGCGAGCCACGUCUUCCUGUGCGAGCCGCUGCUGCACACGGCCCUCGAGCUGCAGGCCAUUGCGCGCGUCGACCGCAUCGGCCAGCAGCACGAGACCACCGUCUGGCUGUACCUCGUGUCCGGCACCGUCGAGGAGAGCAUCCACAACCUCUCUGUGCGGCGGCGCAUGCACCACAUGGGCGGCGGCGGCGGCGGCGGCGGCGGCGGCUGCUGCGACCUGCCCGACGCGCGCUUCGACGCCGCCAACACGCUGGAGCUGGAGCACGCGGCCCUCUCCAAGCUGAUGAGCAAGGACCGCUCGGCGGGCGAGAUGGUCGACAGGGGCGACCUGUGGGAGUGUCUGUUUGGGCGUGCUGCCGAGGAGCCGGGGGAAGCGGCGCGGGACGAUGCCACGGUGCAGGAGAAGGCUGUCAUGAGCUUCCUGGCGGCCGAGGCGGCCGAGCAAAGAGCGGCGGCCUGA